CAUAGUAGUAAAGAAUUCACCGAUAACGGCACAUUUCUUUUUUCAGCCCCCAAGAAACCAUUAUCGCCAUUUGCCAAAUUUCGUCAACUAGAUCGGCAAUAUAGUUCUUCUUUGCCAUCAAGUCCCAUAAAGUCGCCAGAAAAGGAGUUUCGUUUUAGAUUUACCGAACCUACUGUGACAAAUAACGCGGUACAAAUAAAGGAACGAUUGUUAGCUUGGUGCCGUUCCAAAACCAAGGAAUAUGAGAAUAUACAACUUGAUAAUUUCUCGACCAGUUGGAACAAUGGUUUGGCAUUUUGUGCUCUGAUUCAUCAUUUUAGACCUGACGCCUUCGAUUAUUAUUCAUUACGUCCGCAAGAUCGCAGGAAGAAUUUUGAUCUGGCAUUCAAAACAGCUGAUGAAGCUGGUAUCGCACCGUUGCUCGAUGUUGAAGACAUGGUGGCUAUGCGACGUCCGGAUUGGAAAUGCGUCUUCACUUACGUUCAAUCCUUUUAUCGUCGUUUCAAAGACGAAGAUUGAAUGAAAUUGGCUUUUACAAAUAUAUAUAUAUACUUUUUUAUUAUUAUAAAUAUAUGUCACUCUUAGCAGACCUCGCAAUUGAAUUAAUUUACAUAACGUAAUACUUGAUGAAUAUCGAAGAGAUUAAAAACACAAUUAACAAGUUGAUCUUGAUACAAGAAGGAAAAUUAAAGUGGUUUGAUAUUUUCUUGUUUUUUUAAUUUUUUACAUCUUCAAUUAACUUGGCACAAACUUUCGCACAAAUCAACGAAUUAUUUUAUUUAAAAAUAUGACAACUGUACUAAAGAAUGAAGACAUUGUGUAUCUUGUA